AUGGCCUCUCUUGGCGACGAUUUGCUCGUCACGGUAAACAAGCUUCAGGACUUGGUUUUCAAUACCAUAGGCAAUGAUUCUCUUGACCUACCGCAGAUUGUUGUCGUCGGUUCGCAAUCUUCCGGAAAGUCCUCUGUCCUUGAGAACAUCGUUGGCCGCGACUUUCUACCCCGGGGUAGCGGAAUCGUGACGAGACGGCCAUUGAUUCUGCAACUGAUCAAUGUUUCCGAGGAAGAAGAUGAUAGUAACGAUGCGGCUGUCAAUAUUCCACACACCGCCAGCAGUGUGGCCGCGCAUGGAGAAUGGGCAGAGUUCCAUCAUUUGCCGGGACGAAAAUUCGAAGAUUUCGCUCAGGUAAAGCAAGAGAUUGAAAACGAGACAGCCCGCAUAGCAGGAAACAACAAGGGUAUCAAUCGGCAACCGAUCAACUUGAAGAUUUUCUCUCCACAUGUCUUGAACCUGACACUGGUCGACUUGCCUGGUUUGACCAAAGUCCCAAUCGGUGACCAGCCCUCCGAUAUCGAGAAACAGACUCGCACACUCAUCUCGGAGUAUAUUGCGAAGCCCAACAGUAUCAUUCUCGCCGUCUCUCCUGCGAACGUCGACCUUGUCAACUCGGAAGCAUUGAAGCUUGCGCGCCAUGUGGACCCUAUGGGAAGGAGGACGAUUGGUGUGUUGACCAAGUUGGAUCUUAUGGAUCAUGGCACCAACGCAUUGGAUAUCUUGUCCGGUCGUGUCUAUCCACUUAAGCUGGGCUUUAUUGGAGUUGUCAACCGAUCUCAGCAAGAUAUCCAAAGCGGCAAGUCACUGAGCGAGGCGUUGAAGGCAGAGGCAGACUUUUUCAGGCAUCAUCCGGCAUAUCGAAACAUGGCUAAUCGCUGUGGUACUCAAUUUCUCGCAAAGACAUUGAAUUCGACAUUGAUGGCACAUAUCCGGGAUAGACUGCCAGACAUCAAGGCGCGACUCAAUACUUUAAUGGGACAAACGCAGCAGGAAUUGGCUAGCUAUGGAAACAAACAAUUCAGCGGGAAGGAACACAGAGGUUCCCUCAUACUACAGUUGAUGACACGCUUUGCAUCGUCAUUCAUCUCUUCAAUUGACGGUACAUCUUCGGAAAUCUCGACGAAAGAACUCUGCGGUGGUGCUCGCAUAUACUACAUUUUCAACUCUGUUUUUGGCCAUUCACUAGAAACGAUUGACCCAACCCAUAACCUCACAGUAUACGAUAUCAGAACAGCUAUACGCAACUCGACGGGACCGCGACCCAGUUUGUUUGUACCGGAACUGGCUUUUGACCUAUUGGUAAAACCGCAAAUCAAACUGCUGGAAAUUCCUAGCCAAAGAUGUGUCGAACUUGUGUAUGAAGAAUUGAUCAAGAUUUGCCACACUUGCGGAUCUCAGGAACUGUCUCGAUUCCCUCGACUUCAGGGCAAACUCAUUGAGGUCGUGUCUGAUCUUCUUCGCGAGCGUCUUGGACCGUGCUCAUCUUAUGUGGAGUCCCUCAUCGCUAUACAGAGAGCAUAUAUCAAUACAAACCACCCGAACUUCCUAGGUGCGGCCGCCGCUAUGUCUUCAGUUGUCCAAAAUAAGCAGGAACAGGAGAAGAGAGUCUUACUCGCCGAAGAGCGCAAAAGACGGGAAAAGAGGAGACUCAAAGAGUUGGGUGAGACUAACGGAGUCACAGCCGAGGAAGAGGAAGAACAACCCCCGGAGUCUCGAAGCCGAACUCUACCUGUUCGGGGGUCCAAUGCUGUUAGCUCGAGAACGAUGUCUCCCCAUGUCGAGACCGGAGUGAAUAGCUCGCCACCAGUAUUUGGAGCUGCAAAUACAGCUCGAGAUUCUUUCUUGAACUAUUUCUUCGGCAAAGAUGGGAUGCCGUCGUCUGGUCCUCUCCCUCAACCGACACAAGCAGGACAAGGCCGGCGUGUUGGCCACAAUACCGAGCCUAGCAUCAGUCAAAGUAUACGCCGCAGCGAACCUCGGUCGCCAGUGAUACCGCAGGAAGAAUACAGCGCCCCAGUCUCCGAUUACGGCAGGGACGUUGCACAAUUCCCCUCCGAAAACGUCGAACCAAACCUUACCGACCGCGAAAUCAUGGAAACAGAACUAAUCCGUCGCCUGAUAUCAUCCUACUUCAACAUUGUCCGCGAAACCAUCGCUGACCAAGUCCCCAAAGCAGUCAUGCACCUACUCGUCAACCACAGCAAGGACGUAGUUCAAAACCGACUCGUCAGCGAACUGUAUAAGGAAGAACUAUUUGGAGAUUUGCUCUAUGAAGAUGACGGCAUCAAAGCAGAGAGGGAGAAAUGCGAGCGAUUAUUGGAAACGUAUAAAGAGGCGGCGAAGAUUGUGGGUGAGGUUCUGUAGUUUAGACUUUACCUUUUUUCUGUUUUAUUAUCGUCUGCUGUCUUUUCAUGUCUGUAUAAACAUUUUCGUUUCGUGCUUUUCAAGGGGGAAUUAGCCUUUUUUUUUCGCUUGAACGAUUUGUUUUGAUCGUGUAUUGUACCACAUCCCUCCUAUCUAUCACAUUCUCCAAUUGAAGCAAAUCAAAUCA